UCUCCAUCCCGCCGCUCUUCCCGCGCAGCCAAAGCUGCCCCCCCCUCCCGCAAAAUCACCACAUCAGCGCCACGCUCUCCAGGGCCCUCUCACCCGCCGAGACCGAACACCGCACACCGUCCGCUCUCCCGCCCGCCACCGCCAUGGCGCUCGACACCUUCUACCACAAUAAGAUCGAGGGGAUGAAGCUGGAGAUCAUACAGGGCCAAGCUGUACUGCGGCGGCUGGAAGCUCAGCGGAACGACUACAACUCGCGGGUGCGCUUGCUGCGGGAAGAGCUCGGCCUUCUCCAACAGCCUGGAUCCUAUGUCGGCGAGGUCGUCAAGGUCAUGGGCACCAAGAAGGUGCUCGUCAAAGUGCAUCCCGAAGGCAAAUAUGUGGUUGACAUCUCGGACAACGUCGAUAUAAGCAAGCUCACCGUGGGCAAGCGCGUCACCUUACUCAGCGACUCGUACAAGCUCGAGAAGAUGCUGCCGUCGUCUGUGGAUCCGCUCGUAUCUCUGAUGAUGGUAGAAAAGGUUCCAGACAGCACAUACGACAUGAUUGGAGGGCUGGACCAGCAGAUCAAGGAAAUCAAGGAGGUUAUCGAGCUGGGUCUACAGCAUCCCGAGCUUUUCGAGUCGCUCGGUAUCGCACAACCCAAAGGCGUCUUGCUAUAUGGGCCGCCUGGGACAGGGAAGACGCUGCUUGCUCGUGCUGUGGCCCAUCACGCCGACUGCAAGUUCAUUCGAGUCUCCGGAAGCGAGUUGGUGCAGAAGUAUAUUGGUGAGGGUAGUCGCAUGGUCCGAGAACUGUUCGUCAUGGCCCGGGAACAUGCGCCCAGCAUCAUUUUCAUGGACGAGAUCGACAGCAUCGGAUCAAGUCGAGUGGAAGGAAGUUCAGGUGGUGAUUCCGAGGUGCAGCGGACCAUGUUGGAGCUCCUGAACCAGCUGGACGGCUUCGAGCCUACCAAGAACAUCAAAAUCAUCAUGGCAACGAACCGACUGGAUAUUCUGGACCCCGCCUUGCUUCGACCCGGCCGAAUCGACCGCAAGAUCGAGUUCCCGCCGCCUUCGGUGGAGGCUCGCGCCGACAUUCUGCGAAUCCACUCCAGGAGCAUGAACUUGACGCGUGGCAUCAACCUUACCAAGAUUGCAGAGAAGAUGAACGGCUGCUCCGGAGCCGAGCUGAAGGGUGUGUGCACAGAGGCUGGCAUGUACGCGUUGCGAGAAAGGAGAGUACAUGUCACGCAGGAGGACUUCGAUCUUGCGACCGCCAAGGUACUGAACAAGCACGACGACAAGGCGACCAGCUUGAGCAAGCUCUGGAAGUAAGGUGUGGGCAAAGUUGAGGUGGCGACCAUGUGGCUGCUAAUCACUCUGUGAUUUUGGUCUGAGAGAGAUGCAGCCUUCUCAUGUAACAUCAUGCAUAGCAGCUAUAGAAAGUUCUUGAAGUCCUAAUCUCGAGGCCGCCAAGCCCUCAGCAGCACAGUACCGCUUCUGACUACUUGUUUGGUACCCGAGCGUGGACCUCGACCACCAU